AGAGGAUUUCAUAAACAGGUUUUAAGGAAGAAGUUGUCUGCAACUAAAUUUCAAAUUUUACAAAAAUGAGCAACAUAUAUAUCCAAGAGCCUCCAACAAAUGGAAAGGUGAGAAAUAGUCAUACUUGGCUGGGAAAAAUUUCCGGCAGAAUUAUAAGAAAAUUGUCGGAAAUGAGGCAGUUGUUGUAAAAGUAUGGCGCGCAGAUUUGAACAUUUCAAGACAACAAGUUGUCCAAGUAGUAGAUCUUUUAGAGUUAUCGUCGUCUCGCAACAGCUGGCUUGAGUAACGAAAUGUGUAUCGACAUGCUGUGUCAUUGUUUGCGUGACUUAGCGGAAAGAAAUCAACACUUGGGAAAAAAUACUGAAACAGGGCCAGUUGUUUACAUCGCUCUCACUCUUGAUCAAAAUUUCAGUUCUCUCGACUGGCUGCCAUUCAUUCAAGCUUAUAAAUAAUUGUGAUAAAUUAAUAGGAUAUAUCCUGCUUGCAAUCUCCAGUUGUUCAAAUUUUGGUGAAGUGGUGAAAAGUAAUUGAGAUUACCAUCUUAUGAUGUAAAUAAUUUUUAUUUAAUAAUUAUUCCAAAUUCUUGUUUGUUAUACCAUUUGAAAUAAUUUUCUUUUAAGUUGUUUAAGAGGGUUUUAAAAUAAAAGUUAUAAAAAAUUCUUUUGCAACCAUUACAGCUUUUCACAAAUACCAUUUACAGCUAUUUUCACUUAAUCACAACAGGUUCUUCUCAUUACUUCAUCUGGAGAAAUAGAGAUUGAGUUGUGGUCAAAAGAAGCUCCCAAAACCUGCAGGAAUUUUGUUCAGCUCUGUCUGGAGGGAUAUUAUGAUGGCACUAUUUUCCACAGAAUUGUCAAAGGUAAACAUUGAUUAAGUGACAUCCACAAAAUAUGAUGUGUUACACCAAAAAAAUAUAGUUUUAAUUUCCCCAGUGAACUCAUAGAAGGAGAUGAUAGUGUAUGAUUGUGUCCAGAUCAUUCAUGAUUGUGUCCGUGGUUGAUAGAAGGGUCCAUGUCUACCUAAGGUUCUCAUAAUUUAGAAGCCAGGAACUAAAUUUAUAUAUUAGUAUUAGGAUGCAAAAUUCUAAUACACCUGGUCCAGCCUGUUUCAGAAUUGGUCAUUAAGGCACUAGUGAUACCUAUCCUCGAGUAUGCCUGCCCAGUCUGGAAUCCUUAUCUGGUGAAACACACCAAGGCAAUCAAAGCAAUUCAGAGAAGAGCGUCCCUACUAAUAUGUGGCUCAGACAAAGAAUAUCCUGAAAGACUUCUAGAGUUAAAAUGGGACUCUUUAGAACUGAGAAGGCAAUACCUUAGCCUAGUUCAAAUGUAUAAGAUUAUAUUUGGUUACUGUGAUAUCAAUUGCCAUCAUUACUUUGAUAUUGUUGGAAUAACUCGAACUAGAAGUAAGCAUGAGUAUAAAAUAAGGCCUAAAGUUGCUUGUACAAAUUAUUUUAAAUAUUCUUUUUUUAAUAGAUAUAUUAACGAUUGGAACUGUUUGCCUUCUGAAGUAAUGUCAUCCCCUAGCCUUCAGUCUUUUAAAGUUUCACUAAUUAAGUACCUCCGCUCAUAAUUACCCCAAAUACCAAUUUUUUUUUUGUUAUAGUUUUGUUUUGUUUUUUUGUUUUUUUUUUGGAGGGUAUGUCUUAGCAUGGGAAUUUAGUUUCCCCCUACUACCAUCCUGUCAACCAUUUUUGUACCUUUGUUCGAUGUAUGGUUACGAACUGUGAUUAAAGAUUAAGAUUAAAGAUUAAGGAGUUUGCUUCAUGUUAUUACCUGUUUGUCUGACAAUUGUUGAGUGAACCCAUCUAAGUUGUCAGUGACAUUGUCAUAGUUGUUGGGGAUCUUGCAGCAGUUGUCAGCAAACUUGCUAAAGUUGUCAAUGAACUUAUCCAAGUUCUUGCUGAACUCACCCAAGUUGUUGGGGACUGAUUUCAGUUGUCAGCAAACUUAUCCAAGCUGUUAGCAAACUCAUUCACGUUUUUCCUGUAGGUUUCUGUGUGCAGGGAGGAGACCCAACAGGAACAGGGAUGGGUAAGUUAUAUGCUGUGGCCAGUUGAUAAAUAUGGUCUUGUACUUGGUUGAUUCUUUAAAAUAAAUUUUCUAUUCAAUGUGGUGUUUCAUGUUUUCUCAGAUACCUGUGAAAAGGUUGCAUUUCUCUUCUUCUUUUUUAUUUUUUUUUGUUCUUGUCUCAGGGGGAGAAUCAAUUUAUGGAAGACCUUUCAAGGUAUUUGUUGAACUUGAUUUUGGUUGAUGUGAUCCAUUUUUGUAAAUAGAAUGAGCUUCAGAAUAAGGACUUUAAAAAUGUUUAAACUUGUAUUUAAAAUUUGUCAGUGACUUGUUUAAGUUACUCUUUGCUCUCAUAGGAUGAAUUUCAUCAAAGGCUUCGCUUUGUGCGCAGAGGGCUGGUUGCAAUGGCCAAUGCUGGACCCAAUGAUAAUCAAAGUCAGUUUUUUUUCACUCUUGGAGCAACACAUGAAUUGAAUGGCAAACACACCAUAUUUGGCAAGGUAUAAAUUUUAAAAAAUUGUCUUUUGUUGGGGUGAUGCAAUUACUGGUGAUGACUAUAGAAAAAACACACAAUGCAAAACACUCCUGUGCCAAAUACACUGAGCAAAGUGAAACAAAAAAAAUGCAAUUCAGGACUAAAGUGGAUGCUAAACGGAGAAUUGCUCAGAAAAUUCCAGGUGGAACUACCCAAAAGAAUACUGCAAUUAGUUAGAGAAGCAUUCAAAGCCAGGACCUCUGGAUUUCAAGGGUUACACCAUUUUUCAAUUUGUAUCUAAUUAUGCAUAUAACUUGGAUAAAUAGUAUCUAGUGCAGUCUAGCUCUAUCCUUGCUGAUGGAUGUGUUUAUCGUGCAAUGCUCUUUUGAUUGAGCACCCUCAAAACCAAACCAAAAUAAUCUCAAGGAUGAAUCAGCACAUAGUGCAAUAUCAAAAUGCAUGAAACCAAUGAAAGGCCAGUGUAACAGAAAGGAAAACCAUGUUUAAUUUUCAUGUUUUAUUGUAACAAAUCUGGAUAAAGUUUGUCACCUCUGUUUGUAGGUUGCAGGAGACACCAUUUACAACAUGAUUAAGAUGGAAGAUUGUGAAGUUGACAAUAAUGACAGACCUCUUUUCCCUCCUAAGAUAAAGAAAACAGAGGUUUGAUGAAAUGAUUGAUUUAUACUUCCUUAAACCCUUUAAUUCCUAAGAGUGACUAAGACAGAAUGUCUCCUUACAAUUUCGAUACAAUAAAGAAAGUUAUUAAUUAGGGGAUUACUAGUUGAUCCAAUACCAAAUUCUCAGAACUAUUAUUAUAAGAAUUGUAUUGCGAAGUGAAAGGUUAAUUAAAUAUUGGUGUAAUAGUUACAGUCUGUAAUCAUUUUUUCCUCUCAUGAAGUUAACUCAUCUUCUGUACUAUAGACCUUGAAGUCUUACUUAAAAUUAUUUAUCAUGGGUCAGUGAGGUAUUCUAAUAUCAUAUAAGGGAAAAAAAGGUCAAAUAAUGGAUCAGUGAAGGAAAUAAUGGUUUAGAUUCAGUAAUUACUACUUAUCAAUAGUGAAACAAAAAUUCCUCAUUUUCAGGUUUUAUAUAAUCCUUUUGAUGACAUAGUUCCAAGGCAGAGAAAAGAGGAGGUGAAAACAAAACCUGAAGAAGAAAAAAAGAAAAAAGUCAAAGGAACAAAGUAGGUGCCACUGCAGCUUUUCUCUUGUUGUUCUUUUUAUGUGUUAAUAUAUAUUCACAUGUAGUAUUUUUUAAAUGCCUCAACAUAGACCAAACUAAUAGACUGAACCCAAGUUUUUGAAUCAGUUAGUAUUACAUCUUACAUAUAAUUGCCUUUGAUAAUCAGUAAGAGAGAUUUAGAACUAAUUAAAAAGAGAUUGCUUUUAGGUAAUGUUGUGGUAAAAUCAAAAUAUGAUAUUUUGUCACCACAGGUUUUGUUUACUUCAAAUAUGAUUUCUUGUAGAAACUUUAGCUUAUUGUCAUUCGGGGAAGAGGCAGAAGAAGAUGAAUCAACAGUAGCUUCAGUUUCAAAGGUCAGAUUAUAAUAGUUUUUUAUUAAAUGGUUACCAGAAUUCCUCUUGUUAGCAUGGGUUAGUACUUUACACCCUAACAACAGAAUGCAUAUUCUCCAUACUGUUCUCUAUACAUUUCCUCAGGUGCUUACAAGGAAAAUUUGCUUAACAAUCAAGAGCUACUUUAGUUGGUAAUCAUUUCCUUUAUUCUUGUGACCUUUAAGUGUGAUUUAGGGGUGAUAUUGUAAGGAGAAACCAGAUGCUAAUCACAAUUAGGGGCCAGAGGAUAAAGAGAAAUUUGUAAUAAUUACAUCACACUCUAUUACUACUUUCAGUUGACAAAUUUUGUUUUCUGUUUUCCAUUGUUUCACCUCAUUUUAUUUUCUGUGAGAAUAUUGUCAUUUUAAGGAGACUCUAGAUUUUGACCACUUCAGGCUAGUAAAGUGAAACACUCACUUAUUAGUAGUUAACCCUUUAACUCUCAUGAGUGACCAAGACCGAAUUUCUCCUAACAAUAUUGAUACAAUAUCAAUCAGAUAAGUGAUGAGAAAAAAGAAAAGUAUAAAUUUGGGGAUAAUUAGUUGAUACUGCCAAUUUACUAAAUUCUCUGAACUAACUUUAAAAGAAUUGUAUGACUGACAGUAACAAGAAUUACAAAUUUGAUCUGAGAGUUAAAAGGUUAAUUCCCAGCUAGUAGAGCAGUUUUCAAUUGAGCAUCCAAAAGCCAAAACCAAGGUAAUCCUAGUGACCAAGCAGAAAAUUAGCCAAUGAAAACUCAGUGAAAACAAGCAAACUGCUUGAAGCAUGUGAAUGACUAAAUCAUGAUUGUUUUUACUUUGAGAGGAUGGUACAAGUUUUCUGGACCAAUCACAGAAGCAAAGUUGAGUGAAACCCAAAGAAAUCCUAGAUUUCUUCGGACACUCAAUUGAAAAAGCUCUAUCUUAUAAGGAAGAUAACCUUUUAAAGCAAAUUUCAAAAAGCUGAAAUUUCUGAGGUAGCUCUUCAGAGCAAAGAAACUCAAAAGGCAUAUGAAGUGCUAAUACAGGGAUUUCAAUAACUGUUUCCAUAAGUGACUGCUAAUAAUGUACUAGGUGGCUGUGCCCCAGAAAAAGGGCCUUAAGGCAAUACCCAAACAUGAACCUACUUGCAGGCUAUACAGACAGUGGUGAGAGGUCCUACAAGUGGUGGUAACCACUGGUAACUUGCUUUUAUUGAAACUCCCAGCUAAGGGGCAGAAAUGGGAUUAUCAAAAUUCCCCAUGGUAUAUGUUUACUGCAAGAUUAUCAAUUGUAGUAGGGGGUUUCACUUGCCAAUUGACGUAGCACUGGUUUCUAUAAAAACUCGCAACUUUGAGGAGGGAGUCCAUCUUAUCCAUUGGUUUGCUUCCUCCAAAGUUGAUUAUUAUUACAACUGAUUUGAAUUCACUUUCUUUUUUUUAUUAUUUCAGACAUUAAAGAUGAAAAGCAGUCAUGAUUUGUUGAAUGAUCCAAAACUGAGUAAACAACCUGCUGUUGAAGUGAAGGUAUCAUUGAUAUAUGUCGGCAAUUGUCCUGCAAUUUUAGAGGAGAAUUAAUAAUUAACACUUGAAAGUGUUACAUGUAUUUAUUCUGCUCUUCACACCAUGUCUGGCAAUUUUGUUGUUUGCAUGUUAGCAGUCACCUUGAAUCAACCCAUGUCCAAAAUGCUGUAAAGCUCUUACUCUGACAAGGGGCUGAUAUUCGAAACAUCAGCUAUAGAAACUCUGUAUGGUGGCCAAAUUACAUCAUCAAAUCAGUUGAUAAAACCAAAUUAUCUCAUAUUACCCCCCACCACCACAGCACCACAGUUUCUCUAAAAGCUUACCCCCUUUAUUCAUGUCCAAAAUUCUCCACCCACCACAUGCUACUCACCCUCUGGGGGAUUCUACUUUCCUAUUACUUGUUAUAGAACUCAUUGUUGUUUUGUGGUCUUCUUGAACUAUUGAGUGACCCUGAUUUUUCUGAAGGAAAGUAGAGUGAUUUUUCAAAAGAUGCAAAGGUGAUUAUUUAAGAAAUAAAGAACCUUUCCCCACUAAUUAAUUACAGAAAUUCUUAAUUAAUGAACAAGCAUCCCGACUUUUUUAGAAAAAGGAAAAAUCCAAGAAUAAAGGCCUAGAUGAUGACAGUGAUGAGGAGGUAUGUAUUUUAGGUUUGUUUGUUCUGUAUAACUCAUUUUAAACACUUUGUAGAAUAGAUUGUCACUGGACAAUUUAUCCUCCUAAUCAAAUCUCUGAACAAUGUCAGUAUCUAAGUAACUGUGCACCUACCCCUCCCCUAACCCAACAAGAGUCAACUGAGGGGUAAUGUUGGGUUGGGGAGGGGUAGGUGCACAUUUGUUAAUGUACUGACAUUGAUCCCAAAUCUUCUUGUCGUUCUGAUAUACGGUACACUCUGUUAACCAUGUUGUUAUUACUGUUGCCUAAUUAAUUGUUGGUAUUCAUUUUCAAUUCAAGACCCCAAGGACUGACGUCCUCAUUUUUUUCUUCAGUGUACAUAUUUUGACUUAUUUUGGCUGUUGACUUAUUCAACAGCACUUCAUUCCAGCAGUGAAAGAUUGAGGGGGAUGAUUGAAUCAUUUUUAAUAUGAUUGUUUAUGCCUAUAGAAUACCGAUGGACGGGAUUUUGACGCAGAUAUGCGAGACAAGGUGCGAAAUAAACUGAAGAAAAGGAAAGCAGAGGAAGAUGAGGAUGAUAGUGAUAGAAUGAAAACAAAAGAACGAUUAGAAACCAGGUUAGUAAACAAAAAGGGUCGUCACUACUUGACUCUGGGCUCUUUUAUAGGCAAAUGAAAAAAUACUGAGUCUGACAUGAAACAGCUGCCCAGAGUUAUUGACACUCUAACCCCUAAGAGUGACUGGCAUCUUAUUUCUCCUUACAAGAUCACCCCUGAUUAAAUCAUUAAGUUAGUGAGAAUAUGGGAAAUGAUCAUCUACAAAAUUCUCAGAGCUAGACCCCUUGCAGACCUCUCAUGGGUUCGCGUAGCUCAAGGCUUCAUAAUUUCCCGCAAGUGAAGGAACCUUUGUGCCCGAGCCCUUAUAAUGAGGCCAUUUAGUGUUGACAACUGAGUUGAAAACGUAAAUUGACCAUCGUAAAGAGUUUAAAGGCUGCUCUUGUAAUGAGGGCCUCCCUGUAGGUGAUGCCCAUAGUUAUUAAUCAUGUUGAAUAGUUCGGUGGCUGAAAAAUGUCCAUUAUCCCUGCCUUCAACUAGCGUCACACGUUUUCUUCUUUUGCAUACAAGAUGCGAGCGCGAAACGAGUGUUAUGCUCAAGGGCAGGAACGAACACAAAACAAUAGCUAUACUUUUUGCGUUCUUUUAACUCUCUUGCUAGCAAAGAAGAAGAGGAACCGCAAUCCAAGAUUUCUUCCUCCCGUGCUGAAUAUAAAAGACUGAAGCGAGAACUGAUGGAGUCAAAAACUGAGAAAACUGAGAAAGAAGAAAGUUCCUCAGGUAUGAACACUUGUAUCAGCAUUUGCAAAUUUUCCUAAGACGAGUGACGAUUUUCUCCUGGCUCGCACGUAGCCAGUGCCAGUCUAGGCGGGCAAAAAAAUUCAUAAUUAAAGAUAAAAAAAAAAACGAUAUACUUUAGGGAAUGAGAGCAGAUUUUACACGUCAAAUUAAGACCAUUCGAAGAUUUUUUUUCUUUUUACCUAAUUGUUUUUUCGCGAAAAUAAACCUCGGGAUUUCUACUAGAUUUCUGCGUUUAGAGAAUAAAGUCUGUCGUGGUUGUUCUCUUAUCGGCUUCCCUCUUAAGUAGCGGCUCUUCUUACGGCCCCUAUUUCGGAAAGAUACGAAGAUACAGACACACCAAAAAAAAUUAAAGAAAAACUUUGCGUUACACAUUUUACAAGCUGCCACUUAGCAUCAAUAGACUCACUUCUUCUGCUCAAGGCAACUAAAAUUUAAACAUGUGCCAGUCUCCGAAAUGUUAAUAAUCAUAGUACGGUGUACAAUCGGCUUCUUGAUUUAACUCUGUUAUAGAGCACAAGACAGUGAAUUCAUGCGAUGAAAUUUAAGAAGGCGUAAGGAGAAGUCUGAAAUAUAAAGAUUCUUUAUUACCCUCGAAUAAAGCUUCUCUCGGGUCAAUUCUCCAUCAAUAAAUAGCCAAGCACUGGUGGUUCAGUGGUAGAAUUCUCGCCUGCCACGCGGGAGGCCCGGGUUCGAUUCCCGGCCAGUGCAGCGCUGUAAAUUUUGUUUUUUUUUAAAUUUAUUAUUUUUUUUGUAGCUUUGCUAUUUUAAUGAGUUUCUUUACAGAGCUCGUUUACAGAUGGAGAAGGCAUGCCAGUGAAAACAUCCAUCCUAAGAAAAUGUCAAAACGGGACAAAGAAUCAGAAUAAAUUACUCCUAUGUUGUUAGAGGGGGAACUUUGUCAUUUUAAUUUUGAUUUUUGAUAGAGACCAAAGAAUCCGAUGUCCUGGCCGCUUUCCAUGCUGAGCAAAAAACGUAUCUUGAAAAAAAGAAAACGAGCCAGAAAAGAAAAGGAGAAGGGAGAGAUGAACAGGUAUUAUAUCACGAAAUGAAUACACAACGAAGCCAACAGCACUGAUAAUAAAUCAAUAGUUUAUUUUGGCUAACUGAGCACAGUCACCACUAGGUUCAGAGGUUUCAAUAGAGGCUGGUGUCCAACCGCCGCCUACAGGGGUAGUAGUACCCCUACAAGACUCUUAUCGCCGUCUGUUGAGCCUGCGAGCAGGCUCUCGUGUUUUGGGUUUCGCCUUACAGCCCUUUUUCCGAGCACAGCCUCCUAUUAAACCGACGGCAUCCGCCUAUGGAAAAAGUUAUUUUAACCUCCUGCAAGUUUCGCACUAUCAUCAUUUGUCACUCGCUUUCGUCUUUCGUUAGUGUUUGGUUUAAGAGGAAUAAAAGCGGCUGUUGGUGGUCUUAAUUAUUGGCUUUUUUAGACGUGUCCGAUGACACCGAUAAUUUUGUUGUUUACUCCCAUAAAGGCUGAAACUGGCUUAAGCAAAUCCUUGUUGUAUAGGAGCUGUGUUCUAUUUGGUCCAUCUUGAAAAAUGUAGCCUAAAUGUUUCAAUGUUGUCAUCCGUAUUCAUCUCUUCCUUCCGUAACAAUUAUUGUUUCUUCAUGGUACUUUACUUCUUCAAUUGUGUCCUUCUGUCUCUGCGAACUAAUAUUUUGUGGUUUUGUUCGAGCUGAAGGUAGUUUUACAUAGCUCCUUUAAUUGAGGUUCUCUCUAUUUACCCUUCAUACUCUAACAUCAGCAUUCAUUUUCUCCGCACUGUUCUCUCAACAAUUCUUAUGAUACUAUCGAGGAGAACUGGUUUGUUUAUCAGUCAAGGGUGUCUUAAAUUUCUGAUCAUCUCCUUUAUUCUCGUGACCUUGACACUGGAUUCAAGGGUGAUUUUGUAAGGAGAAUUUAGAAGCCGGUCACUCUUUGGGGUUAGGCUUAACUGUUACCGACAUAUUUCCAAAUGUGAUAAGACGAGUGUAACUAUUAUUCUUUAUUUGCAGACCCUCUCUCUUUUGGCGUCAUUUGCAUCCAAACUUAAUAAUGUUGAAGGAGAACAAGAGAGAGAGGAAAACGAAGGAAAAGACAUUGAAAAAGACGAAGAAAACCAAGAUGAUGACACUGGGUGGUAAGAGAACAAAAACACAAAACAAAACCAAAGAAGUCAACAAUAUAAUAUUUUGAUUUGAUCAAUUGAGUUAAUGAUAUAAAUUGGCCACCAAAGAGAGUUUCUGAAGCUGACGUUUCGAGCGUUAGCCCUACGUUAUAGCGAAAGGCUAACGUUCUGACUAAGGGCUCUAUAACGCUCUAAACGUUAGCUUUAGAAACUCUCAUCCCGUGUCAGGAUCUCUCCCAUGUCAGUAUUUGAACAAAUGCACACCUACUCCACCCCUUACCAAACAUUAACCCUAACUUGUUAUCAGUUGACUAUUGUUGGGUUAGGGGAGGGGAGGGGAGGGCGGGUGUGCAGUUGAUUGGAUAUUGACAUUGAUCCAUCAUCUUUAACAUGAGUUUGAUUGGUGCCUUUGGUGUAUUUUUCUAGGAUGUUUCACUCGUUGAAGUGCGAAGCUGAGAGCAAACGAGCUCGGGAUGCUUACAUUGAAAAUGAAGAUACAUAUGAAAUAUUUGAUCCACGAAAUCCCAUCAACAAAAGACGAAGAGAAGCGAGUAAAAAAGCAAUGAAAGAGAAACGAAGAUAGCACCUUUAGAAAACCUCCUUGGACUACUUGUAAGUAAAACAUUCCACAGGACAAGCGCCAGUUUUUGGUGAUCCUUGUACCAAUCAAAAACUGCCAAGCUUUCUCAGACAUAACGCCAGUUUCGGACAAUAUCAUUGGCUCAAGGUUACGACCAAAGAAGGCCUUUGUUCUUCAGUAGAUGAAGAAUGUUUCUUUUUGUUGGUGAUGUUCAAAUCACACGAGAGUGGCGAGUUGCAGCUUUUAAGAAUAACUGCUCUGAUUUAUGACAGCGGUGGUCAAGAUCGGCUGAAAAUUGAUUAAUUUAUGCUGAGAGAUAAAUAGUUUUCAUGACAGUUUUGAUUGGAGAACAAUCGAUGAAGAAAUAUCCACUGUGGAGAACUCAUAAACGGUCGUCUAUUAUAUCACUGAAUUCCACAGUUUACAUAUGAUAUAACCUCGUAUAUAACCUAUACAUUGUCUUGCGACAACUAUUGAAAUGUAUUAAAAGUCUUACUAAUCAUUUCAUUAAUUUUCAUGACCUUAACUAGUGAUCCUGUGCUAAUAUUUUAGGAGAAAUUUGAUUCUGAUCAUUCUUAGGACGUAAGAGCUUCUUUCCUCUUUCAAAUAUUGUGAAAUAUGGUUGAAGCUAAGCUAAAACGAAGUUUAACAACCAUCUCGUGUAUUUUUACUUUGCGUUAAGGUUAAAGUAAUAAACAGCCAAUAACGAACGGCUUACCCUCAAACAAUAAGAUUUAAUACGAAGCAGAUUAAGAACAGAGUUCGUCAAAACCUUUGACUGCGAAGGACGUGAUUAUUUUCCAGUCCUUGGUCUGCAAGUGACUUGUUGAGACCAAGGGAACUCGUGACUUGUUCAGACCAAUAGCGUGCAAGCGAAAAUAUUAGAUGGAAUAUAAGAUUUGGUUUUUUUUUUUUGAUACAUUUCUAAAAUAAAUAAAUAAAAAAUGCUUUCGUGUAGAGCAGUUUUUCACGG